AUGUCGGGUCGUCUCACUAUCCCCAAGAUCUUCAUGGCCGGUGGUGCCGUUGGCUUCACCUACUACAUGUUCAUGCGCCAAUAUUGGUUCCCGAAUCCCUACAAGACGAGAGAAACACAGAACAUCGAGGACCGAUUUACCGCCGGGGGAGGCACACCCUACUCGACACCUGCGGUAGCCACCAAGCGUGGUGACUCUGAGAAUGUUGAGUUGAGGCAGACGAGCGAGCACAAGGGCCCGCACACGGAAGCGCACAAGCAGAACAUCUCGAGCCAGCAGUCGACGGGUGUAUGGCCAGACAAGUUUUACGAGGCGCAGACGGGAAAUCCCAAGGGGAAAUAG